AUGUCGCUGGCCGAUGAGUUGAUGAAUGAUUUGGAGGAGGAGGAUGAGGUCGACGACUUGGACGAGAUGAAAACGGAACAGGACGACGAGAUAGAUGAGGCGGUAGAAGAAGCCGUCCCAUUGCCAUCAACUACCCAUUACGCCUCGGUAUACGAUGUGGCGAAGCUGAGGAAAAGCGAUGAAUACGCGCAAUGUAUGGAACGACUCGAAAAAGAGCUCUCCAGUUCGGAGCCCGUCGUCGUGACUGCUCCGCUCGAAGCCGACCCUCAAUACAAACUGAUUGUUCGGUUAUCACACCUGGCCGCCGAUAUCGACAACGAGUUCCAUGUCAUCCACAAGUUCGUCAAGGACAAGUAUGAGAAGCGUUUCCCGGAGCUCGACUCGCUGAUCCCCAAUACACUAGAAUAUAUGUCUGCCGUCAAGCUGCUAGGAAAUGAUAUCAACACCAAGGGGCAGAACAAGGAGCUGCUUCGAAAUAUUCUCCAGCCUUCCACUGUGAUCGUCGUCUCCGUGACUGCUUCCACCACUCAAGGACAAGCCCUUGACGACCAAGAACUGCGAGCUGUCAACGAUGCAUGUGAUCUGUUCAUCGAGAUGCAUGAUCACAAGAUUGCUAUGCACAAGCUGGUGGAGAUGAGAAUGGCCCUGAUCGCCCCCAACCUCGUCGAACUCCUUGGAGCUGCCACGACGGCCAUGUUGGUCUCACAAGCCGGUGGGCUGAUCCAACUGUCAAGAAUGCCGGCGUGCAACAUCUUGGUCCUCGGAGCUCAGAAGCGGGCCUUGAGCGGCUUCUCAUCUGCGCACGUCAACCCGCACACCGGAUUUCUUUUCUACCACCCUGUUAUCCAGACAUUGCCGCCGGAUGUGCGAAAGAAAAUGGCGCGCAAGCUUGCCGCAAAAGUGACGCUUGUUGCCCGGGUAGACAGUCUGCACGAGGAGCCGGACGGAGCCUAUGGAAGGGACAUGACCGAGCAGAUGCGCACCAAGAUCCAGAAGGAGCUCGAGCCGCCGCCAGUCAAGUCGCAGAAGGCGCUGCCUAAGCCGCUCGACAAGGCCAGCAAGAAACGCGGUGGCAGGCGCGUUAGGAAGAUGAAAGAACGUUUGGGAAUGACCGACUUGCGCAAGCAGGCCAACCGAAUGAACUUUGGACAGUUGAGCGAAGACAUCACUCAGGAUGAAAUCGGCUUCGGGUUGGGCCAGAUAAAAACUGGCAGCGUUACUGGCGGACGUAUUCGUGCCGGUGUCGUGGACAACAAGACGCGCGUCCGCAUGAGCCAAAAACUUCAGCGCCAAGUCGACCGACAACGGGGACCCGGCGGUCAAACAACCGUUCGCUCGAAAGUCACUUCCGGCACGGCUUCCACCGUCACCUUCACCCCGGUCCAGGGACUCGAGAUCAUGAACCCGACGGCAAUCGAAAAGGAAUCACCCUCCACUUCGUCAUACUUCUCCUCUUCGGCUUCUUUCAUGCACGCCAAAACGCCGAAGCCCCAA